CGCCGGAGUCGGAGGGCGGGAGAACCGGAGGGCCAGAGAGCAGCACGCCGCAGCGGCCCGGUCAGGGAGGAGAGCGAUGUGGGAAGAGACGCUUCCGCCCGAGCGAGGCCUUCCGGGGCGGAGGUCACCAUGGCGGCAUCCUUGGCUCGGCUCGGCCUCCGGUCUGUGAAGCAGGUUCGGGUUCAAUUCUGCCCCUUCGAGAAGAAUGUGGAAUCCACGAGGACCUUCCUCCAGGCGGUGAGCAGCGAGAAGGUCCGUUCUACCAACCUUAACUGCUCGGUGAUUGCGGACGUGAGGCACGACGGCUCCGAGCCCUGCGUGGACGUGCUGUUCGGAGACGGGCAUCGCCUGAUUAUGCGCGGCGCCCACCUCACCGCCCAGGAAAUGCUCACAGCCUUUGCCUCCCACAUCCAGGCGAGGGCUACCGCGGGGAGCGGGGACAAGCCCGGACCUGGUACCGGGCGCUGACAGCGCAGAAGAGCCCAACAAGCAGAUUUUAGCUUUGGAUUGCUAGGAUAACUACCUAAAAAGAGCUCGAGAGACUUCAUCACCAAGAUCACCAUCUGCAGAGGAAAAGAGCGCCAAAAAAACAAAACAAAACAGCGAGAGCGAGCCCUGUGAUUACUAAUCUAACCCAACGUUUCUGGAACGAGACACGGAUCAGAUAGGGGUCUGGACAAACCUGAAUUUAUUUCUAUUACCAUCACUCCCUGCUUAACCGUUUUGAAUUUGGCUUUUCCCAUCACUCACUCAAGGUACCUCUUACUUUUAUCAGCCAAAUCCAGUGCUGUUUUUCUUCGUCCUCAUCUUACCAUCUCAGUAGCGCCUGCCACUUUUAAUUCACUCCAUUGUGGAACUUCUCUUCCUCUUGGGUCUUUUUUUUUUUUUUUUCCUAAACCAUAAAAGUGUACUAUUCUCAUCCUUCAUUUUCUUUUCUAUUCCUGGGGAAUAUUCCAUACUCUUCUCUUUUCUAUUCUCUGUCAUAAUUCAAACUACUCUUGGGUUAAAUCCUACAUCUCUGUUUAGCUCUAAUCCCAACUGCUGUUAUAUUAUGUACUACGGAUUUCCUCCAAAUCCCACAACACUGUCCAAAAUAAAAUUGUUAAUCUUACAUACA